AUGACUGGAAGCAGACACCGCAACGUACUUGUCACUGGAGCCAAUGGUUAUAUCGGCUCCGCAGUUUGUCGAGCCUUUGUAAGAGCAGGCUGGAAUACCUAUGGUCUCAUCCGAAACCCACAAGCUCAAGAGGAACUUGCACUCUCUGAAAUUAUUCCAGUAGUGGGAUCUUUUACUGAUCUCAGUUUCCUGGAAACACUUUUCGAAGAGGUCAACACUUUCGAUGCCAUCGUCAGCUGCACGGAAAAGAUCCCAGGCUAUGCUGCACACUUUGAAGAGGUUAUGGAUUGUGUGAAGAGAUUGGCUCAGAAGAGCAACGAAAACGGAGUCCGACCUCUAGUUCUCUGGUCGUCUGGCUGCAAAGACUACGGAAUGACUGGUCUUCACGGCACACCUGGCCUUGCGCCUCAUACUGAAGAGUCUCCUCUGAAUGCACCCGAGAUAUUGAAAGAACGUACAACGAACUCUGCCAGGGUCUUCGACUACACGGAGCUCUUCGACGCGGCGGUCAUCAGACCAACAUGUGUAUUUGGAUAUUCAAACAGCUACUACGGUGCUAUAUUCAACUAUACUGCUGAUCAGCGAGAAAAAAGAUCCGAGGUUCUUCGGAUUCCGGGAGAUCCCGAUAGCAUCAUGCACGCAACUCACGUUGAUGAUUGCGGCGAGGCCUAUCUUUCUCUUGCGGAACUUGAGGAUCGACGAGCUGUAGGUGGCCAGUUCUUCAAUGUAUCUGGCUAUCGCUAUGAGACCCUCAAGGAGGUUGCAGAGGCUGUAGCCGAAGAGUACGGGUUUGACGGAGGCGUUCAAUUCGUCCCAGCAUCUGAGGCAGAGGCAUCAUUUCCACCAGGACUGCAUUUCGUCUUCAGUUUCAGUCAAUGGGUAGGAAGUGAAAAGCUGCGAUCUUUGACAGGAUGGAAAGAUAAACGAGCGUUGUUCUCAAAGGGAAUACACGCUCAUAGGCUGGCCUACGAAGCCUAUAAAGGUCGGGGUUAUGGUAACGUCGUUGAAGUGCAGAAGCGGAUUGGAGGGAACUUUACGGAUAAUGCAGAGAAUUAA